GCAUCGCAUCCCCUCCCCCACCCCCUGCUCUUGCGAUUAGGGUUUCCGCCGCCGCCCGUCGCCGUCGACCCCGCCUUUGCCGGGCGCCCUCCCUCGGCAAGCCCCGGCCCCGUCGCUCGUCUUCCUCCUCGAGCGAGCGCCGCCACCGCUGCCGAGCGCCCCAGCCCCCUCGAUCCGUUGCUCGUCUUCCUCCUCGCGCGAGCGCCUCCAACGCAGGGCAAUGAUGCGAGGCGGGGGGGUUUCGGAUGGGUACGAGGGAUCAAAGAGGCCACGAAUGUUCGAAUCGAAUCCAUACUUCGCAGUGAACGCGGGGAGCCCGUUGGAUCCCUCAAAGAGGGCCAGGAUGAUGGAGCCAGGCCCUCCUUAUUUUGGGGCCAUGGGCAGCAACACUGGUGGCAGCGGCAGUGGCUUCUACGCUCCCUACAGUGGCAACUUGGCUGGUGCAGGGGUUAACAGUGGCAUCCAAUCCUUUCCAGGGGUCCGUCUGCGGGGGCUCCCUUUUGACUGCGAGGACCUUGACAUCAUCAAGUUCUUUGUGGGGCUGGACAUUGUGGACUGCCUCCUUGUUCACAAGAAUGGCCGCUUCUCUGGUGAGGCUUUUGUUGUCUUCCCUUCGACCAUGCAGGCCGAGUUCGCACUGCAUCGCAACAGGCAGAACAUGGGUAGGAGGUACGUGGAGGUGUUCAGGUGCAAGAAGCAGGAGUACUACAGCGCAGUAGCUUCAGAGGUGAACCAGGGUGGUUUCUUCGACUCAGAGUACCGCCACUCCCCGCCCCCUCCGCGGCCCAAGAAGCCAGCUGAAGACAAGAGCAGCAUGGACUACACUGAGGUGCUGAAGCUGCGUGGGCUUCCCUACUCUGCCACCAUCGAAGACAUCAUCAAGUUCUUUGUGGAGUACGAGCUGACAGAGGAUAACGUGCAUAUUGCAUACCGCUCAGAUGGGAAGGCUACAGGUGAGGCCUUUGUCGAGUUCCCAACCGCUGAGGUUGCAAAGACGGCCAUGUGCAAGGACAAGAUGACGAUCGGGACGCGGUACGUGGAGCUGUUCCCAUCAACCCCGGAGGAGGCAAGCAGGGCGAAAUCGCGGGGCAGACAGUGAACUCAUUCUAUCCAGAUGUCGUGUCGUGUGGGUGUUGGUCUGUGUGUGUGUGAGCAGCUGCAUUGCCAUUCAUGUUAUAAGCUUUCAAAACUUUCAUGCUUCACUGUAUCUCUGUUAGAGUGUCUUCAGUUUUUUGCUACUGCUGUUACUACUAGUCGUCCGUGCGGUGGACUUUAUAUAUGUUAAAAAUGGUUGUUUAAUUUCUGUGAUUUUUUACUUGGAUUGGACGCCAGUGUGGUGGACUUUGUAUAUGUUAAAAAUGGUUGUUUAAUUUCUGUGAAUUUUUUUCUUGAA